AUGGAUACCGGGCCUGGCACUCGGCAGUAUUCUGGGCGACAUUCCAACAGCCCCGCUGUCGACUCUACUGCAAACCGGCAAGCCUCUAGCAAAAAGAGACGGACAUCAACCUCGGGGCGAGGUGUCGCCAACCUCACCCCCGAGCAAUUGAAUAAGAAGCGGGCAAAUGAUAGAGAGGCCCAAAGGGCUAUACGCGAGAGAACGAAGGGUCAGAUUGAGAGCUUGGAGAGGAAAAUCCAAGAGUUGACCUCACAGCAACCAUAUCGGGAGCUUCAACAUGCUAUACGGCAGAAGGAGCGGGUCGAAGCGGAGAAUGAAAAGAUCAAGACGACAUUGAACUCUGUUCUCGGCAUCAUACAGUCGAUAGUCGGUGGAAAUGGGAUCGUUGCAUCUUUUCCAACUCCAAGCCAUGAGCCGGGCGGCCUUACACCUACUCCGACAUCUGACAUCAAUGCUGGGCACCCAAUCAGCCCACAUACUUCCGUUUACAAUAACGCCCCUAGUGGUGCAUCGACUUCUUCUACAUAUACCGAUUCUCCCCGUCUGGCUCAGACGCAUACACCCCCUUUUUUCCCCCAGGCCACCUACACUUCACAGCUAAAUCCGUUCGCACCAGUCAAUGUACUUGAACGGCGUCAGCCUAGUCUCUCCCAUGGAUUGCAGUCUGGCUCCCCAGAUGAGAAACUCGACGUUGGAUCUGUGCUACAAAGUAUGCAGGAAAACCGCGAUAGGAGACAGCAAUACGAAAGUGACGGGACACCGUCGCUGUCACCAUCCUCGGCCCUUCCUAUGAACCCUCUGAGUCCGAAUCAUAAUGCUCGUGAUAGCUAUGGGAACCAGAUGUUUGCAUGCUCAGUGCCUGUCCGAAAUAUACGUACCUGCCCUUUGGAUGGCCUGUUAUUAGACUUUCUCGGUGAACGACGACAAAGAGCCAUCGAAGGUAUGCCGAUUAGAGAGCUCGUAGGACCAGCAUAUCCGAGCGUGGUCUCCCUACUCAAGCCUCAACGCAGCUUGACCUCGCACCCAUUGUCGAAAAUGUUCACAGACAUGCUGAGCACCUUCCCUGAUUUAUCCACCCUUCCGGAGCAGGUCGCAGUACUGUAUAUAAUGUUCCUCAUCAUGCGAUGGCAAAUCUCCCCCACGCCAGAGAAUUACGAUCGACUGCCCGAAUGGGUCACCCCCCGGCCUUCUCAACUUUUCAGUGUGCACCCUACUUGGGUAGACUAUCUGCCUUGGCCCCGCAUGCGAGAUAAAUUGGUGCAGAUGUAUCCAAGCAUUCACUUCGACGACUUCUUCAUUCCAUAUACGACAACCUUGUCGCUGAACUGGACUUACGAGGCACCUGAUACUCUGCUUUCUAAGGAAGGAACGGAAGAGCUUUUCAUCAAUCCGGUGUUUGAAAGGCAUAUACGAGAUCUGAAGAACUGGACUUUGGGACCGGCCUUUGCUAAGGCUCAUCCUAGCUUGGCCGAGACCUGUAUGAUUAAGCCGGAUAGUAGAAGGAGGAAUUCGUGA